AUGACACAAAAUUUUGCCAUAUUUUCAAACCUAAAAAGCAGAGCAGAUUUGACAUUGGUAUAUAGAAAAGACAGUGCUGGGAGAGUGACAUAUAACAAAUUGUUACAACUUUGGGACAAGGAAACAGGAAAAAUUGCAGACUUCACAACCCAUUUCACUUUCAUCAUUGAUUCACCAGGAAAUCAUCGUGGAGAUGGCAUCACAUUCUUCCUGGCACAUCCAAACUUUUCACUUCCUGUACCUCCAGAUGGCUCUGGGAUUGGUCUUGUGGGUCGAAAACAGGUAAUGGAUGAUCCAAAUUAUACACAAGAGCAUCCAUUUGUAGCAGUUGAGUUUGAUACCUUGCCCAAUGACGACGAUCCGCCUUAUGAUCAUGUCGGUGUCGACAUAAACAAAAUGUGGACACCUUACACAACAGAAUGGUUAAGUAUUAAAGAUGGCAGAAAGUAUGAUGCUGAGAUUACCUACAAUUCUAGCUCAUACCAGUUAAAUGUUUUCUUCACUGGAUAUAAGGAUGGCAUGGCAAUCCAGCAAGAUUAUUCCCAUGGAAUUAAUUUGAGAGAGAUUCUUCCAGAUCAGGUUCAGUUUGGCUUCUCUUCAGCCACGGACUUCUGGGAGAUACAUACACUAUGCUCAUGGUCCUUUGAUUCGAGUCUGCUGGGAGGAAACUAGAGUGCAAGCAAGACAAAGUUAAUCAUUGGAUUAAGUAUAGUAAUUUGUGGGUUAUCGUUAUCAUGGUUUAUGAUAUUGAAGCUGAAGUGAAGAAGUAAGGAAGAUUCACUUUUGAAAGAAGCAUUGAACAAAAUAAAUCUUCCUUCAGUGAAAUAAAUCUUCCUGUAGAGAAACAAGUCUAUAAGUGAAUCAGUUUAUUUAAGUAACUCUGUCUUACUUGGAUAGGUAGCAGAAAUCUUUCACAGGAAUAUGUCAUCUUCCUAAAGUAAGAAACUUUAUGCUAUUAAUGUCUGUGCUUCUAUGGAAUCUAGUCAAAUCUUAUGAAGA